UUCGUCACCUUCACGCACCUCCCGAAACUUUUGUCUCAUAGGAUAGGACUGCUCAAUCCCCAUCUCCGACCCUCAGCUUCUUCUCACAAAUUCACCGCUCGAACUCAAAAUCUCACGAUGAUUCCGUUCUCAUCGCUCGUCUCCAAUCAGAUACGCUUCCUCCUCCAGAGCCUCACCGAUUCCAACUUCGAUCUCGUGCUUCGCGAGCUCUACGAGUUUGUUGAGUAUGGUGGUGAUGGAAGCAUUUUGCUGCUUCAGAAUUGCUUGGAUCAUAUGAAUUUUCAUGGGGGAGACAUGCACAAUAUGCAGUUGAAACCCGAUCUUCUAGCUGCAGUUCUUCGAUAUUUGUUAGUUCGUCCAAAUUUCAGUACUGUGUUUUGUGAAGCAUUAAGAUGUGCAACGAUAAGUGAAGCGUUUCUUACAGACUUCUGCGAUGCUUUACAAUUGUCGAUGUCUGAGAAAAUUAGUGUUGGUCUUGCUUUGGCAGACUCGGAAAACCUUGACAUCAGAACAAGUGGGCAAAACUUCUGCGUGGCUCAGAUUGAGGAGUUGUGUGGAAAUCCUGCUCCAGUUGAUUCUGCUGAGCAAAUUCAGAAUAUUAUUUUGUUCCUGUAUCGUUCCGAGAGCCUUGCCAAACAUGUGGAUUCCUUCAUGAAAAUGUUAUCUUUGAUGGAGCUGAAUGAGACUAAUCCAUGUAUAUUAGCUCCGCUGCUGUCAGAUGAUUUAUGUGAAUCUAAGAUUUCAAGGAACCUGGAUGUAUUCUAUGGUUGCAGAGUAAAUGAAUUUGAUGCCAUUCUAGCAGAGAUGGAAACAGAAACAAGUAUGGCAGAUAUUAUGAGAGAACUUGGAUAUGCAUGCACACUUAAUGCUUCCCACUGCAAAGAGGUGUUAUCUCUUUUCUUACCUCUGACUGAGGUCACUCUCUCUAGAAUACUUGGCACAAUUGUCCGCACCCACACUGGUCUUGAGGACAAUGAAAAUUCAUAUACAACAUUCUGCUCUGCUAUUGGUAGCAACUGCAUGUAUGAUUCACCAUAUUUGAGCUCUUGGAAUAUUGAUGUCCUUGUAGAUACUAUCAAGCAACUUGCUCCUCGAACCAAUUGGGUGCUUGUUAUGGAAAAUUUAGACCAUGAGGGAUUUUACUUUCCCAACGAGGAGGCAUUUUCCUUUUUCAUGUCUAUUUAUUCCCAUGCAUGUCAGGAUCCUUUCCCACUCCAUACCAUUUGUGGAUCUGUCUGGAAGAACAUUGAUGGGCAGCUAUCUUUUCUAAGACAUGCUGUAUCAGCUCCACCAGAAAUUUUUACGUUCUCACAUUCUGUUCGACAGCUGGGAUAUGUUGAUGCAUUGAGUGGUCAUGAGUUUCCACAUGGACAAUCAAAUCAUGCGUGGUUUUCCCUUGACCUUUUGGAGGUUCUAUGUCAGCUAGCUGAGAGGGGCCAUGCUGGCACAGUGCGACCUAUGCUUGAAUUUCCUCUCAAGCACUGUCCUGAAACUUUACUUCUUGGAAUUGCACAAAUUAAUACCGCAUAUAACCUCCUCCAAUGUGAAGUGUCUUCCACGGUUUUUCCCUUGAUAGUUGGAAAUGUCAUGGGAAGUGGUACGAUUCUUCACCUUUGGCAUUCUAACCCGAAGCUUGUAUUGCAUGGAUUCACGGAUAUGGUUAGAACAGAUCAAGGCAGUAUCGUUCGAAUUUUGGACAUCUGCCAAGAGUUAAAGAUUCUUUCAUCUCUGUUGGAGCAGAUUCCAUUUCCUUUUAGUAUUCGACUGGCUGCCCUUGCUUCUCUUAAAGAAUACAUAAGUCUCGAAAAAUGGUUGAAUGAUAAUUUAAGUACUUACAGAGAUGUUUUCUUUGAGGAGUGCCUCAAGUUUUUGAAGGAGAUAUCCUUGGAUGCAGCAGAUGAUGUCUCUGCCAAUCCAUUUCAGCAUUCUGGUGCUGCUGGAAAUUUGUAUUCGGACACAAGUUCAACCUUUUUGAGGGUCCUUCAAGCUAAUACUGAACAAGUUUGCUCCACCCAGCUAUCUGAGGAAUUGAAAAGAUUGCAAGGAGAAUCUCUACAUGUUAGCCCCAGACUACAGAAUGUUGGGGCUUCUGAUUCACAACCACCUGAUGGAUAUGCAGAUGACAUAGAGGCAGAAGCAAAUUCUUACUUCCAUCAAAUAUUCUCUGGUCAGUUGACUAUUGAUGCAAUGAUUCAAAUGCUUGCUCGUUUCAAGGAAUCAUCAGAGAAAAGGGAACAAGCGAUAUUUGAGUGCAUGAUUCAAAAUCUGUUUGAGGAGUACAGGUUCUUCCCUAGGUAUCCAGAAAGGCAGCUUAAGAUUGCAGCAGUUCUAUUAGGUUCCCUAAUAAAGCAUCAACUCGUAACUCAUCUUACACUUGGUAUUGCUCUGCGUGGUGUGUUGGAUGCGUUGCGCAAGCCCACAGAUUCAAAAAUAUUUGCUUUUGGGACCAAGGCUUUGGAGCAAUUUUUGGACCGAUUGGUGGAGUGGCCGCAGUAUUGCAAUCACAUUUUGCAAAUAUCUCAUCUACGUAAUACUCAUCCAGAGCUUGUUGCGUUUAUUGAACGUGCUCUUGCUAGAAUAUCAUCAGGCCAUUCAGAAGCAAAUGGUGGCAAUAGUGCUAAUGACCCGCACAGCGGUUCUACUUCAGCUACCUUGGAAAAUGUAGAGGUGCCUGAUUCCUCAUGGCAGUUAUUGGGAUCUAGGUCUACACAGCCUGGACAGCAACUCUCCUCCCAACUUCAGAUGCAACAGAGACAUCAAGGUUUCCUUGGUGAUAGGCAUAAAACAUCUGCAGCAUCCAUUGGAUAUUCAAAACCACUUAUAUCCCCCUCUGGACACUCAUUAAAUGUUCCCACUGGUGAUUUAGCCAGUAAUCUGAAGUCAACCGUCUCCCAGUCCUUGCAAGCAGGGCCAUCACAAAGUUCCGCAAGUGUUCCUGCGUCUGCUUCAUCAUCUUCUGGGUUUCUUCAUUCCUCCCGUGGAAUUAGUUCAACUAGCAUGCUUAGACAACCUUCAUAUAAUACAGGGUUUGGUUCUGCAUUAAACAUUGAAACUCUCAUUGCAGCAGCUGAGAGAAGGGAUACACCCAUUGAGGCUCCUGCAUCGGAUACACAGGACAAGAUAUUAUUUAUGAUCAAUAAUAUUUCUUCUGCAAAUAUUGAGGCUAAAUCCAAAGAAUUCAAUGAGAUUCUAAACGAGCAGUACUAUCCAUGGUUUGCACAGUACAUGGUUAUGAAAAGGGCAAGCAUUGAACCAAAUUUCCAUGAUUUGUACUUGAAGUUUCUGGACAAAGUUAAUUCAAAAGCAUUAAAUAAGGAGAUUGUCAAAGCUGCAUAUGAGAACUGCAAGGUUCUUUUGAGAUCAGAUCUUAUAAAAUCUAGUUCAGAAGAGCGCUCCUUGCUGAAGAACCUGGGCAGCUGGCUUGGGAAAUUCACUAUUGGUAGAAAUCAAGUUCUCAGGGCUCGAGAAAUAGAUCCAAAAUCUUUGAUAAUAGAGGCAUAUGAGAAAGGAUUGAUGAUUGCAGUGAUUCCAUUUACCUCAAAGAUAUUGGAACCAUGCCAAAGUAGUCUCGCAUAUCGGCCUCCCAAUCCUUGGACCAUGGCAAUUCUUGGUUUACUGACUGAAAUUUAUGCACUGCCAAAUCUGAAAAUGAAUCUUAAGUUUGACAUUGAGGUCCUUUUUAAGAACCUUGGUGUGGAUAUGAAGGAAGUGAAACCAACUUCUCUUCUCAAAGACCGAGUACGGGAAAUAGAAGGCAACCCUGAUUUUUCCAAUAAAGAUGUUGGGCAAUCUCAAUCACAAAUAGUUUCUGAAAUGAAUUCUGGAAUCAUGUCUACACUGAAUCAGGUUGAUUUACAGACUGAAAUUGUCAACCAGUCUCAUCCAGGUGGUCAUUUAAAUGUUCUGUCUCAGUAUCCUGCUGGUCUUCAUCUUGCCUCUGGACAGUUGGCAGAGGAUGAAAAGAUGGCAACCUUAAGCCUUUCUGAUCGGCUUCCUUCUGGUCAAGGGCUUUCUCAGGUUGCUCCAUCUCAGUCACCCUAUUCAGUUGGCCAGCAGCUUCCAGCACCGAUCCCCAAUAUUGGAAGUCAUAUAAUUUUGAACCAAAAACUAAGUACUUUGGGUUUGCAUUAUUUUCAGAGAGUUGUUCCCAUUGCCAUUGAGAGGGCUAUUAAAGAGGUAACAAUACCUGUUGUUCAACGGAGUGUUGCCAUAGCAAUCCAGACAACAAAGGAACUUGUUUUAAAAGACUAUGCCAUGGAGUCAGAUGAGACUCGCAUAUAUAAUGCUGCACACUUGAUGGUUGCAAGUUUGGCCGGAAGUCUAGCUCAUGUCACGUGCAAGGAACCCCUUCGCACUUCCAUUUCAACUCAACUCCGGAAUUCAUUUCAAGGUUUAAACAUCGCUAGUGAACUUCUGGAACAAGCUGUGCCUCUUGUUAUGAAUGAUAACUUGGAUUUGGGAUGUGCAGCCAUUGAGCAUGCUGCCACAGAGAAGGCAUUGCAAACCAUUGAUGGGGAAAUAGCUCAACAACUUUCUUUAAGGAGGAAGCAUAGGGAGGGUGUUGGUCCUUCAUAUUAUGAUGCAAGCAUGUACACCCAAGGUCCAAUGGGUGUGAUACCUGAAGCGCUCCGGCCCAGGCCUGGUCAUUUGUCCCAUUCGCAGCAGCGAGUUUAUGAGGAUUUUGUUCGGUUUCCCUGGCAAAAUCAACCUGGACAAAAUUCAAAUGUUGUGCCUGCUGGUUCGCCUGCUUCAUCUAGUAGUUCUGUCAGUUCUGCUAUAUCUCAUGGUUAUGCUCCAUCUGGAAGACAGCUUAAUCCUGGCUUCUAUUCAUCUGGGCUUGCUGCUACUGGAUUGAGUGCUGUUACUCAACCUUUAGACAUUGUUCCUGAGGAUAUGGAUGCUAAUUCUGCACAGCUUCUUAGUGGCUCCUCAGCACGUAUUGGAGCAGUUGAUGGUGUUAACUCUUCUAAGCUCAAUUCAGUUGCUUCAUUUGCUUCAACAGCUGCCGCCUCUGAUGUGCAUUUGGCAGAGAUGACUCCUGCUGUUAAAGACUUGGGAGGUGCAGCAUUGUCAUUGCCUGCAAGUACUGAGCACCUGGGAAGUUCCAUUUCAGAACCCCUCUUGAACAUGGGGGAUGUGUUAGAGAAGUACCAAAACAUUGCACAGAAGGUGGAAACCUUGAUAAGCAAGGAGACUGGAGAUGCGGAGAUUCAGGGAAUAGUUGCUCAGAUUCCUGAAAUAAUACUUAAAUGCGUAAGCAGAGAUGAGGCUGCAUUGGCUGUUGCCCAAAAGGUUUUUAAGAGUUUAUACGAGAAUGCAUCAAACAGUUUACAUGUUGGUGCACAUCUUGUAAUCCUGGCUGCAAUUCGAGAUGUCUGCAAGCUUGUUGUUAAGGAGCUCACAAGUUGGGUGAUUUAUUCAGAUGAGGAAAGGAAGUUUAACACGGAUAUAAUUGUUGGUCUCAUUCGCAAGGACUUACUAAACCUUGCAGAAUACAACAUGCACAUGGCAAAGCUAAUUGAUGCUGGAAGAAAUAAAGCUGCUACGGAGUUUGCAGUUUCUCUCCUCCAGGCUUUAUUAGUUCAGGAGUCAAGAGUCAGCGUAUCAGAACUUCCCAACCUUGUUGAUGCUUUGGCAAAGCUUGCAACGAGACCUGGAUACCCUGACUCUUUACAACAGCUAGUUGAGAUUGCAAAAAAUCCCACGGCUAAUGUGGCAAUUCUUAGUGGUUUAACUGUUGGCAAGGAGGACAAGGCCAAGCAAUCUCGAGAAAAGAAGCUUUUGGUGCAGGCUUCUGAUCGUUCCAUGGCAAGCAAGGAGGAUCAUAGCAAUUCAGAAUCCAUGGGAGUGGAACCUGCUGGUUUCCGUGAACAGGUUUCUGUUCUAUUUACUGAAUGGUACCAGAUAUAUGAACUUCACAGUACGAACGAUGCUGCUUGUACUCAUUUUAUAGCGCAAUUGCAGCAAACUGGAUUUUUAAAUGGAGAUGACAUGUCAGAUCGUUUUUUCCGCCACCUCACAGAACUUUCUGUCGCACAUUGCCUUUCCUCUGAGGUGCUAAGUUCUGGAUCAUUGUCAACACCCCAGAGCAUAUCGUUUCUUGCUAUAGAUGUGUAUGCAAAGCUCGCUGUUUUGAUUCUGAAGUACUGUAUCAUGGAGCAGGGGCCAAGCAAACUUGUCCUUUUACCAAAGAUUUUAUCAAUAACUGUGAGAGUCAUUCAAAGAGAUGCAGAGGAGAAGAGGGCAUCUUUUAACCCAAGGCCAUAUUUCAGGCUAUUCAUUGAUUGGCUUUUUGACCUUGUUUCUUCUGACUCCAUUCUAGAUGGUGCUAACCUUCAGGUGUUGGUUGCUUUUGCGAAUGCUUUUCAUGCAUUGCAACCUCUUAAAAUUCCUGCAUUCAGCUUUGCAUGGCUUGAGCUGGUUAGUCACAGGAGUUUUAUGCCUAAAUUGCUCAUGGUUAGCCCGCCAAAGGGUUGGGUUUAUGUUCAACGCUUGCUAGUGGAUUUGUUCAAAUUCAUGGAACCAUAUCUGAGGAAUGCUGAGCUAGGAGAAUCGACACAUGUUCUGUAUAAAGGCACUCUGAGGGUGCUGCUUGUGCUGCUUCAUGAUUUCCCAGAGUUUCUCUGUGACUAUCACUUCAGUUUCUGUGAUGUUAUUCCCUCCAGCUGCAUCCAGAUGCGAAAUGUUAUUCUCAGUGCGUUUCCACGUAAUAUGAAGCUGCCUGAUCCUUCUACUCCUAAUUUGAAGAUUGAUUUGCUAGCAGAGAUCAAUCAAUCACCACGUAUUUUCUCGGAGGUUGAUGCUGCUCUCAAAGUUAAGCAGAUGAAGUCUGAUGUAGAUGAAUAUCUCAAGACAAGGCAUCAGGCAUCUUCAUUUUUAUCAGAGCUGAAGUCGAGAUUGAUGCUGCCACAAAAUGAGGCAGCACAAGCUGGAACUCGUUACAAUGUGCCCUUGAUGAACUCCCUUGUGCUUUACACGGGGAUGCAGACAAUUCAGCAACUACAAACAAAAACUCCACCUUCUCUUGCACAACAGAUGGCCCACAAUGGUCCAAUGGAGUUGUAUUCAAUGGGCGCUGUCUUGGAUAUUUUCCAAACUCUGAUUGUGGAUUUAGAUACUGAAGGACGUUAUCUCUUCCUCAAUGCAAUUGCUAAUCAGCUGCGCUAUCCAAACAACCAUACACAUUUCUUUUCCUUUGUUCUUCUCUACUUGUUUGUUGAAGCAAAUCAGGAAAUUAUCCAGGAGCAAAUAACAAGAGUUCUGCUUGAACGUUUAAUCGUUAAUAAACCCCAUCCAUGGGGCCUUCUGAUCACCUUUAUCGAACUCAUUAAGAAUUCUAGAUACAACUUCUGGAACCGAUCCUUUACGAGGUGUGCUCCGGAGAUUGAGAAACUUUUUGAAUCUGUUUCAAGAUCCUGUGGUGGCCCUAAACCUGUGGAUGAGUCUAUUUUGGCUGGUGGAAUCUCUGACAACAUGCACUGAACUUUUCCAGAUCUGAUUUGUGUAAUUUAGGGAUCUGUAAAUUCCCCUCAAAACAAUAGAUCUGUGAUUACUAACCGAAUGUAUAUUAUUCCAUCGUCCCCAUCAACUGUCAAAUGUACAGAAUGAGAAGAUUUCGCAACUCGUUUGAUAGUUUUCGGGUUUAUGUUUUCAGCUACCUGGGGACCUCUCUCUCUCUCUCUCUCUCUCUCUCUCUCUCUCUCUCUCUCUCUCGUGUACACACUUCUAGUUGUGGGAUGUGCCAUGUAAAUUGAAAUUAUUGUUGUAUUUGAGAGCAAGGAUUUCAAGCUUUGAA